UUAACCAAAGUGCAUUUAAAACCAUGUAUUCCAUACAGAACUGGCGAUAGAUACCUAAAAGAGACCCCGCCACGUAAACUUGAGUUCCUUGGUCUCUAUAAUUGUGAGGGCUGUGAACUCAUGGAUAUUUAUUCAUUAGCUGAUACUAUUGUUGGAUACACUGGUGAAGUUCAACUUUUGGCUUCACUAACUUAUUACAUGAAUCGUGCUACUCCCCUCAUGUACAUUGUCGGGCAAGCACGGCAAUUACAAACUGUUCAUAAUUUGUCUUGCCCACAACGCCUUACAACUUUAUUGUUAAAAGUGCUGCAAUCACAUCGUAGAAACCGAACAAUUAUUGAAGAAGUUACAGCGAAUCUGUUUUAUCUUUCAAGCACCUAUUAUACAACGUGCUCUAAACAACAGAAAAAUGACAUCAUAACGGAGUUGAUAAUAUCAAUCGAAACAUGCCAGGACAUGAAAUACGUUGUUCGUAAUUCUCUUGUUAGUUUGUUUCACUUCGAUAUACCCGGUGAUGUGAUAUUUGCAUUUGUGAAGAUAUCCAAAGUAAUUCUGAACACUUUACUUAAAUACCAUGAAGAUGACGACAUAGGAAGGCAUGCCAUACAUUUCUGUAAUGCUCUAGUAUGUUCAGUACAGUUCGAUAUGAAACGUGAAGCAUCCAAAGUUGGCUUCGUACCAAUCAUUGUGAAAAUAAUCCAAAUGAGAUUGGAGGCAAAUAUGGUGAUUGUGAUGUCAUUGAAUCAUUUGUUAUUGUUUUGGAAUAAUUUGUAACAUAACAAGGGGCAU